UCUUCAAAGCCUCCCGACACAUGUAAGUGAGGUGGACCAAAGUGGCGGGGUAUUCUGCACAAAAAGUCUUCCAGACUGUUCUGCCGCCUUUUUUUGUGGUAGCGGGGCGCCCUCUAUCGAGCACAAUGUGCAUGGUGAGUUGUGACUUGCGGUUUGAUCCUGAGGAGCGGAUUGGCUGAGUAACGUGCUCGAUACUCCCACUCCUAAGUGAGAAAAAUGCAUAUAAACAACAAAGAAACGAGCAGCAAGCAUUAUCAUUUUUUCGAGCUGCCUACAGUUUUGACACGAACUGAAGAUCUAAGGAAAAGAGAAAAGUCAUUGUCAAUGAACAUGGCUUCUGGUAUUGCUGAGGGAACGUAUCUCAUAGAAAAUGUGGAAACACAGCGUUACUUGUUCCAAGACGGCCCUGAAAUAAAAGGAAACCGAGGAGACGAAGGCGGUUGGACUGAGGCGCCUAGUGUUUUGGGAGCUGAUGCCAAUUACUACAACCGAGCCUAUUGGAAGAUUAUUCCACAAGGUAACGACAAAUACUUCAUAGAGAAUGUCGAAACAAAGAGGUAUUUGUUUUCAACUGGUGCAAAAAUUGAAGGCGAUCGUGGAAGCGAAGGAGGCUGGACUAAUGCACCUAAAAUUGUGGGAGCGGAUGCCAAUUACUACAAUCGGGCCUACUGGAAAAUCAUCCCCCAAGGAGAUGACAAAUACUUCUUUGAAAACUUUGAGACGCUCAGAUACGUAUUUCAAGAUGGCCCCAAAAUAGAAGGAAACCGAGGGGAUGAAGGGGGAUGGACGUCUGCUCCCAAGACUCUGGGUUCUGAUGCCAAUUACUACAACCGCGCUUACUGGAAACUACUCAAGCAGUAGACUAACGAUAAAACCUGAAACUGUGACUUUUUUGUGCUUCUUUUCCCAGUAACAAGUAUUUAGAAAGUAGUUUUUAGUUUUAGUUUAAGCAGAGUGGUCUUUGAGCAGCGCUGGACAUAUGAAGCUGGGCACGGAGGUUGACAGCGGAGAGAACACUAGUGGCCACGCCAAUCAAAAGGCACCAUUUUUUAAUCAAAAGCUCUUAUGAGCUAUUUCAGGGUUUAUCUUAAUGAAUCAAUAAAGAGGUGAGAGCUUAAAUCCUUUGCCAUCUCCUUCCAAUAGCGCGUGACAGCUAAACUUUUUUUCUAUUAAACCUUUUGUGUAAUUAUGUAUAUUAAACUAAGAGGGAGACACUU